AUGGCUGCUCGGGCUCUUCACUACGUCUUCAAAAUUGGAGACCGCAAGAAAACGUACGAUUUUUAUACACAAGUCUUGAUGAUGAAGGUUUGUUGAUAGAAAUACACACAGCGGAAGAAUCGUCGUUUUGAAAAGGUUUUACGACACGAAGAGUUUGAUAAAGGCUGUGCGGCGACGUGCAACGGUCCCUAUGACGGAAGUUGGAGCAAGACAAUGAUCGGAUACGGCGCCGAAGACGACAAUUUCGUCAUCGAGCUCACUUAUAAUUACCCCAUCAGCCACUACAAGUUGGGAAACGACUUUCGCGUAUGUUUGAAAACCUUUCAAUUAAUAAAUUAGUAUUCAUUUUUAUUAAAAAGGAGUGGAUGCAUUUUAUGAAAUAAGGUUCAUACAUCUACUAUUGUUUCUAAGUUAUGAGGUUGAUUAGCGAAAUCAAAAUUUUUAAACUUGAGAGGUCAAUAGUUUUCUUGUGACGGCGGAUUUAAAGCAGCCCAUAUUUCAAAUGUCGACCAUCUUCUCAAGUGCAGAAAUCAAGGGCGAUAAAAAGCUUGCAGGCGAUCGUGAUCGAGUACGACAAGCUGUACGAGAAAAUUCUAGCAGGAGAUCAUCGCAAGACGGGCUGUGGAAGACUGGCGGUAGGUAAACCUUGACAAGAAUACCACCUAGUUCUAGGUCACCGAUCCUGACGGCCACGUCUUUAAAAUUGGAAAAAGUUGCUCCACUCCAACUAUCGAGCGUGUGCAAGUUAACGUCUCCGAUUUGACAGCCAGUCGAAGUUUCUAGUUUGUCUGGAUCUUCAUGAACAUGAGUUUUCAGACUACUGGUCGGGACUCCUUGAUAUGAAAAUCAUUGAAGAAAAGGAAAACAGAGUAGUCAUGCAGUUUGCAGUAAAUCAAGCGAGUUUUACGAAUUAGGAAGGAGUCAAAAGAUUUUUUUCAAGUGCAAGUGGGAAAUUGUCGAAUCGAAAGAGUCCAUGGACCGAGGAACAGCCUUUGGAAGAAUCGCCUUUGCUUAUCCGGACGACCAAGUAUGACUUUAAAGGGUUCUAAAAUAGAAAAAAGUUCCAGUUGAAACAACUACAAGACAAAAUGAAGAGUGAAGGCAAGAAAAUUCUGAACGAGCUCGUAACAUUGGAAACACCUGGUAAAGCCGACGUGAAAGUUGUGAUCCUCGCCGAUCCAGUAAGAAUAGAUGAUAUUGUUGAUUUUGAAAAAAUUGCAGGACGAGCACGAAAUAUGUUUCGUGGGAGAAAAAGGCUUCCGCGAUUUGAGCAAAGUCGACGAAAAGGCCGACACGACAAUAAAAGAGGCAAUGGAGAAGGACGACAGUCACAAUUGGUACGACAAAACCUCGUAA